AUGACGCUUCUCAGCAUCACGAUGGAGAAAAUAUUACUUCUCAUAGCGGUGAUCGCUAUAAUCUUGGUGGUUAGGGAGAAGAGAACGCCCAGGAUCACUCGCAAUGGGGAGUCUCUCAGGAAACCUCCCAACACACUCCCCUUUGUAGGAAAUGGGAUUCUCUUCCUGCAACCUCGUCAGCGCCUCUUUGCAUGGUUUGCCCGCUGCGAGCGGCUCUUUGGCUAUGAAACCCUCCACAUCUCGGUUCCGUCCCUCCCGCCGGGCGUCAUCGUCAACGACCCGCGCAAUCUGGAUUUCAUAUUUAAGAAUGAGGGCGUCUUUGAGAAGGGAGACUUUUUCAAGCAGCGCUCCUGGGACCUCUUUGGCCAUGGCAUUAUCAAUGUUGACGGGGAGUUGUGGCGGCUUCAGCGAAAGGCUGGCUUGCGAUUCCUCGCUGCGCCAGCACUGCGGGCUCUCACGAGUGUGCGCUUACCUGAAUAUCUGGAACAAGCUGUGAGGGCUUUGAAAGAGAAAGCUGAGGCAAAGGAGGCUGUGGAUUUGCAGGCUGUGGUGCAUGAGAUUACGACGCAACUCAUGGGGCGGAUGGCGUACAACAUGGAGAUGCACGCUGACGAUGACUUUACCGUCGCCUUCGAAGACGCCUCUGGGGCCACUGCAGAGCGCUUCCAGAACCCGCUGUGGUUCCUCACGGAGCUCGUUACAGGAGGUCGGAUGCGUCAGGCUAUCGCAACUGUCAAGGCUUAUGGACGACGCAUCGUGACGAGCGCUGUGGCUGACCGUGCGAGAGCUGGCGAUGAAAAGGCCCAAUCUGAUUCACCAGGCAGCUUGAUACAGUCACUUCUUGACUCUAUUGGCGACGAAGGUCUUGUUGCUGAUGCGGCAUUGAACUAUCUCUCCGCUGGUCGAGAUACUGUUGCCCAAGCGUUGACGUGGACGCUCUAUCUCCUCAUGAGACACCCACAUGUAACAGCUACACUACGACAAUCGAUUCAGAGUCUACGUGAUGAGGCUGGGGUUGCAUCUGACAAUCCUUUGGAUCCUGAGCUCCUCACGCCUACACGGUUGCCCUACGUCCUCGCCGUCUUCUACGAAACCCUCCGCCUCCGUCCUCCCAUCCCCUUCGAGAUCAAGCAAGCCCAACAAGCCACAACCCUUCCAGACGGCACCUCACUCCCCACCGGCGCCAUUGUCGUCUGGUGUGCGUGGGCCAUGGGCCGCUCACAAACAACAUGGGGCCCAGACGCAGAUGACUUUCGUCCAGAGCGAUGGCUGACGACUUCGCCGUCUGGGGACAUGACCGUCGCACAACGCCCAGCGGCCGAGUUUCCCGUUUUUAACGGCGGACCGCGUGUGUGUCUGGGGAAGAAGAUGGCGGAGCUCGUUGCGGUGCAGACGCUGGCGAGGUUGGUGCCAAUGUUUGACUUUGUGCCUGCGUUUGAAGGGGAGAGGGUGAGCAAGAGCAGCUUGACACUACCGAUGGAAGGGGGUUUGCCAGUACAUGUGCGGUGUAAGUCGACAUCAACUAUUGAACGAUUAUCGUAG